AUGGCUCCUGUUAAAAGAAAUGCAUCUGAGUUUUUAGAUGCGAAGGACGCCUCAACGAAUAAAAGGGCAUUGGUUGUGUCAGAUGAUGUUGAUGAUAAAAUAGUUAAUGAAGUUGCUGAAAGUGAUCAGGAUUCAGAAACUGACACAGAAAAUGAUGGCGAUGAAAUGGAGAUGAAAGAUAAACCGAGAAGGGGCGGGGAUUUGAUUUCGCAAGAUAUCCAGAUUGCCAGGGAAACAGCGGAAUUGUUUAAGUCCAAUAUCUUUAAAUUGCAGAUUGAUGAACUUCUGCAACAGCUAAGACUAAAGGAUGCGCAUAUUUUGCGUGUUGAAAAAUUCCUUCAUAAGUUAUACGAUGUGAUCCAGGAGGUUCCAGAAUGGACGGAACAUACUCUGGAGGAGGUACAAGGGUUUUUCAAAGGUAAAGUGGUAUCGAUUCCUUUUUGUGAGCCUAAACCUUCUAGCUCUACGCAAUAUAAGUUCAACUACAAGACACCUGAUGUAUCUUUGAUUGGCUCCUUUGCAUUAAAAUCGGCAAUCUACCAGCCCUGGGGCUCUAAAGUUGAUGUUUUGUUGACAAUGCCGGGCGAGUUGUUUGAGAAGAAAGACUUCUUAAACUUCAGGUGUUUGCACAAGAGAAGUGUAUACCUCGCGUACCUGACUCACCACUUGGUUCUUGCUUUUAAGAAGAAUAGUUUGGACUUUUUGCAUUUAGAGUAUUCUUAUUUCAACGGUGAUACGUUGCAACCAAUUCUGAAUAUAAGUUGCGAAGUUCCAAACUCUUCUGAAUACAACUUUUAUAAGACCAAAUUCUCCAUCAAUUUGAUUGUCGGGUUCCCAUAUGGUGUAUUUGAGUCGAAGAAGUUGUUACCAAAUAAUAAUUGCAUUAGGGUUGAUAAGGAUAGUAAGAUCCCAACACCAUUUUACAACUUCAGUAUUUUGUCAGCCACCACGCAUGAACAUUACUUGAAGUACUUGUAUACAACAAAAAAGCAAACAGAAUCAUUUAAAGAGGCUUGCAUAUUGGGUAGGCUUUGGUUGAACCAAAGGGGCUUCCAUUCUAAUAGCUCUCACUCUAGCUCAUUAGGUGGGUUCGGUCAUUUUCAAUUUUCGACUUUAAUGGCCGCUCUGUUGAACGGUGGUGGUGUGAAUGGUAAUAAAGUCCUUUUGCAUGGAUUUUCUUCAUACCAAUUAUUUAAAGGUACAAUAAAGUACUUGGCAACAAUGGAUCUUUCUUCAGAUGGGUACCUGGAGUUUUAUUCUGAAAUUGAUUCAUCUGCAACUGUUGCGACUUCAAAAUAUGUGAAUGAAGGAUUCCAAACACCUACAAUUUUCGAUAAGACUACUAAAAUUAACAUUUUAAGCAACCUAUCUGUUAAUAAUUAUGAGAUAUUAAAGUUAUACGCCCAGGAAACUCUCAUGAUGCUUAGCGAUGUUGUCAGGGACCAAUUCGAAAAUAUAUUUUUAACCAAAUUGGAUGGCUUCCAAAAUAUAAAGUAUGAUUUAUGUUAUGAUAUGGAGUUACCAACAGCUAAGGAAUUGCUAGCAAGGUUUGGGCCAUUAGAAAGGGCAAGUUUUAUAUCUUUUGAAGUAUUCCUUCACAACAAAAUUACGAAUGUUACCAAGCUUGCUUUAGGUGAUAGAAUAAAGGCCGUCGAUGUAGAGCUUGUUGGUCAGAAGAAAAGAUUCCCCAUCAGCAAGAGAAAACCAGCCGCAAAAAUCAACUUCACUUCGGUGAGGAUAAAACUGCUCACAAAUCCUAUCGAAUGUGAGAAAUUAGUCACUAAAGGUCCUGCUAAAUCCGAGGAGGAAUCAUCCGAGGCUAUUGAAUUUAAAAACUUCUGGGGUAGAAAAGCAUCCUUACGUAGGUUCAAAAAUGGUUCAAUUAUGCACUGCUGUGUGUGGUCAACGUCUUCAAGUGAACCAGUGAUUACUUCUAUUUUAGAAUUCGCCUACAAAAGGCAUUUAUCUGAAGAUGCUGAGCUUUCUGACAAAGUAACAAAGAAGUUCCAUGACCUCCUACCUUUACCAAAUGUUCCUGGCGCAUCAAAGUUAUCCGUGCUAAACAUGUCAAGCUUCUAUAAUGUAAAAAAGUCCUUUGAUGCACUAUACGCUCAUUUGUUCAAAUUGAAAUUGCCGCUUAAUAUUAAGUCAAUUUUACCGGUUGGCUCUGCAUUUAGAUACACAACUUUGUGCCAGCCAGUUCCAUUUGCAUAUUCAAACCCAGAUUUCUUACAAGAAGUGAUCAUAGAAUUUGAAAGUUCUACAAAGUGGCCUGAUGAGCUUUCUGCCCUGGAGAAGGCAAAAACUGCAUUUUUAUUAAAAAUUCAAGAUCAGUUAUCCGCCACACACGGUGAACAAUAUAAAUUUUAUUUUAGUCGUGAUGAGUCUAUUCCAUAUAACCUUGAUAUUGUUACUUUGAACAUCCUCACUCCUGAAGGUUAUGGCUUUAAGUUUAGAGUUUUAACAGAGCGUGAUGAGGUUAUGUAUCUAAGGGCCAUUAACACUGCGAGAAGUGAACUAAAACCCGCGUUGGAGGAAGCUUUCUUGACGUUUACUGCCAAAUAUCAGGCUUCUAUUAGACACACGAGGACCAUAGAGGUCAUCUCUCAUAGUUUGCCUUUCUACUCUCCAGUAGUACGUUUGUUCAAAAGGUGGCUGGACUCCCAUUUAUUAAUUGGUCAUCUAUCUGAGGAGUUCAUUGAGCUGAUUGCAAUUAAACCUUUCGUUGAUGCUGCACCAUUUUGCAUUCCUGGCUCUGUCGAAAACGGGUUCCUCAAGAUAUUGAGAUUCCUGAGUGAAUGGAACUGGAGAGAAGAUCCAUUGAUUUUAGAUUUAGUAAAACCAGAAGAGUUUAACGAUCUAACGGAGAAUGGGUCAGGUUCAUCCGAUCUCGAUGCAAACACCUUAAAGAAAUUGUCCGAAAAGCUUACUUUACAACAGUACAAAGCAAUACAGAAUAACUUCUCGCUACUAAGGAAAAAUGAUCCUCAAGGCUUAAAUCUGCAAUUCUUUGUUGCCUCAAAGAAUGAUCCCAGAGGGAUCUUAUAUUCGAGUGCUAUUCCUUUGCCUAUUGCAACUAGAUUGACAGCGCUCGCAAAAGUAGCAGUCAACCUUACUCAGCUACAUGGUUUGAACAGCCAAACAAUAGAUCUACUCUUCACCCCUGCAUUAAGGGAUUAUGAUUUCGUCUUUACAUUGAAGAGUCCUAAAUCACUAAAAUUAUCCAGUGGUGUUCAGUCAUUGGAUGGAUUCCGGAAUCUAGAUGAACAAAUAAACGAGUUCCCUAAAGAUUUAACGCUUUUAAGCGAGAAAAUGGACUCAACCUAUCAGUUGGUUAAAUACCUGAACAUGAAAUAUAAGAACAGCAUUAUAUUUUCCAGUCACAGAUAUAUUGGUGUUAGUGGAGGUCCAAACGGCGAUGUUAAUGUCAUUACUGGUUUAAUAAAGCCAUGGUUGAAGAAACCACUGAAAUUCAAGGUCAAUAUGGAUUGCAACGUUAAACCUAUUGACAAAGAGAUGGUCGAGCUUAACAAAGAUGCAAUUUUCCAUGAAAUUGCUGCAUUCGGUAAGGAAUUGGUCCUAAGCUUUGAAACUAAUCAAGAUGUUGCAUCUAAUAACUAA